AUGGCGGUGCGCCGUUCCGCCCGCCUGCGCAGCACCAGCGCGGAGGCAUCUGAGUCUACCGAGCCUCAAGGUUCUGUUUCCCAUCCAGACCCCGUUGCCCGGCUGCCCUCUGUCGUGGAAGGCGAGGAAGCCGGGGGGAUGCAAUCUCCUCAUUUCCGAACGCCCAAAGCCAAAAACGCACACGCCCAGAAAACUCCGAACACAUCUACUCGCAAACAGCCUGUCGAGACCAAGACACCUACUAGUGCGAGACUCCCCGGCCACCGCUGGAGGAAAUGCAUCCGAGCAAGGCGCAACAGAAAAGACGUCAAUGGCAACGUUGUGAAGGACAGCGUUGCCGACAACACUCCAACCAAGCCAAAGGCGUCUCCCGCUACCAGUCAAUUUGGAACUCCCGGGUACGAGUUCAAGUUCUCCUGCCAAGAGGCCCAGCUCAGCGAUGAGGCCAAGCGCCUAAUGGACAGCGUUCGUGAGGAUGUUGCACGUAUCAAGUCGCAGAUGGUCCAAGACAGAUCCAAGCAGAAUCAGGAUGCUGAGAAACAAGUCCAUGGAGAUCGGAAGAUCGCAAUGCCCAAAGGCAAAGCUGGUCGGUUCAGCGAUGUGCACAUGGCCGAGUUCAAGAGGAUGGACUCCAUUGCUGGACACCCUUCGUCCUUCCGGGCCACUCCUGGUCGCUUCCAACCCGUGACCCAGUCUCUGAAACGAACCAAGUCCAAGGCACAGCUGGAUGAGCCGGACUCUCAGAGCUCGUCUCCUUCGCGCUCUACGGUCAAACCUACCGCCGCACCUACGCCUGUUGCGACAGCUAAACGCAUCAAACACAAUACAUCUGACGAUGCCACGACCGUCCGCUCGAUCAUUGAAAAGACCGAGACGCCUCCGAAGCCGGCCCCUCAACGCAUUCGCCCAGCCGUUCGCAGUUCCCUCAUGACUCCAACUCGGUCUUCCAUCGCGCGCUCGGCCAGUCACAAGGCUCCCAAGACCUCUUUGAUUCCCUCCCUCCAGCGCUCUCCCUCUACCAAAAAUGUGUCAGCCCCCCGAACCCCGAGGACAGAGUUCAAUCCACGACUCAAAAGCAACCUGCCGAGCCUGGGUAACCUCAAAUCCAUUCUCCGCCGUCAUCAGCCUCUGUUCUCUCGCGAUCCAGCCAAGAUUGCGGCGGGCACUCACGUUCCUGCUCCUAAUUUCGACCCUGACACGCUUAUGGAAGGGACUGAGGGCCCCGCUGAAGCUGGGCCUACUCCCUCGCCCAAGAAGCACGUCGAAUUCACCCCAAGUGUCAAGUCUCGCCAUGAAUUGACACAGGCUUCGCCUUCUCCCUCCAAGGUGCCCUCCAAACUGCCGCGCUCCACUUCGUCAAAUGUGCUCUACCCGGCUCUGCCGACGCUGACCCCGGAGGAGAACACGACAGCCAAGUCCUUCCCGGCUAAAUCUCCAACCAUUCGCCAGGUGCGCCAGUCUGAUACUUGCGCGCAGCCCUCUUACCCCGAGCUUCCGGUGGUGGCCCAUGGCAUUGCUCACGGCAUCGGCAACAAAAAGCGGCAUCGAGAUGAUGAUGACGAUGAUACUCCGAAUGCUGAGGAUGCCGAAAACGUGCCGCCAGCUGAUGAGCAGUCGGAUGAGCGCAGCGCGAAGCGGGUUAAAGCGAACCCGCCGACCCCUAGCCCGGUCAAGCCUCGCGUCAUCAAGACCCCCGUGCGGUCCACCCCGGGGCGCAUGGGUACUCCUGCCAGUGCGAAAUCCCGCAGCGUUCUCAGAUUGAGUCGGCUGAACAUGCUUGCUAAGCCGAAGGGCCGAACGUAG